GAUAUUGCAUGUGCGCAGUUUGCUGCUAGUCGAGGUCUUCGUUUGGCUGUUCUCGUUGUCGGGUACGCCUGUUAUAAUCGUUAUUUGAACGAAAAAUUAGUGCAACAUUUUGCACUGAUAUUGAUCGUUUUAUUUGGCUCAUGACAACGUAAACUCGAUCGAAGAUUUUAUCGUAAUAAUUUACGAAGACAAGGAGAGAAUAAAAGAGACAGAAAAAUGACUAUCAUCACGAAAGCAAUUGGUGAGAAGAAGGCGUCGGGGAAAAUGGUGCAGCCAUUGUUUCCAGAAGAACCUAUUACGGUUCCUUUAAAAACUGAUCCUGAGGCACAACUCAAUAAAGAAGAUAUGGUUAAACAUUACUGGAUUGCACGUAGAAGCAUACAUAGAAUUCAAAUGACUGCUACAUUCUCCUUGUUCAUUGUUGCAUUGAUGAUAUUAAUAAUUGGUGUAAUAGGCGGUCUUUAUGUAUACAUACAAUAUGCCAGAGCACAAAUACAUAGAUUCCGUACUGGAUGGUAUAGCAUUCCAUAUGAUAAAAUGCCAUAUAAUAGUGAGAAAAUACAUCAGGCAAUCAUAGCUGAUUCAAGCAUAUUCAAGAGUCUUACUAAAACUUCCGAACAAAUAUCAAUAAAUGUUAACAAAAAUGCAGACAAUAAUAUUAAGGGUUUCCUUAAAGAACGAUUUGAAAUUGAUCUUGAAAAUGAACAUUAUGAAAAGAUUGAUGUGCCAGAUUUUCAUGGCGGACGUCAAGGACGUUUUAUACACGAUUUUAACAUUAAUAAAACUGGAAUUAUAGAUAUUGAUGGUCGAUGCUGUUUCGUUAUGUCAUUGAAUCGUCAAGUAAUUUUACCACCACACAGUCUGUAUGAUCUACUUAGAAAAAUGUUUAAUGGUUAUUAUGAAGUGGAUACAAAUAUUAUACGUGAAACUAUGGAAGUUGUUACUCCAGCUAUUACUGAUAUGUCCACUGUGGGAACAUACAUUGCUCGUGAAUGCCAAAAUUUGCCAACAUAUAUGUUGAAAGGUGUAAAUCCUACUGUUGUUAAAAGGAGUGCAUCAAGCGGUAUUUUUGCACAAUAUGCUGGCAAAGAUAUUGUAGAAGUUGAUAUUUUGAACCUGAACGAAUUCCAUAAGUAAACACAAAAGGAAUUUACAUUUUUUAGGCAAUUAAGACUCAGUAGAUUGAUGUAAAAAAAGGUUAUGUAAUACCCGGAAAACAUAGGUGUAAGUCUACUUUUCAACACCAUUAUGUCUUUCCACAACAUUUAUCUUCUUGAUCCUGAAUAGCAGUCAUCAUUUAUAUUCACAUUCAUAUCUAAUGUGAAUAAUUAAAUAUCAAGCAGUAACUGGUUAAUCUUAGAUGUGCAAUAGAAUUUGAAAAAGAUAAAUUAAUAGGCUACAUUCUUUUUAUAAGCUUAUAUCGAUAUUGAGCAGAUAAUUGAUUUUGGUUGGAGUUGGUUAAUGAUAAAUAUUUAUCACAUUUGCUGCACAAUAUGAUUAUGUUUUUAAUUAAAUCUUGUAAAAAGGAUGUGUCUAUUAUAUUUAAAUUAAAACAUUAUUAUUAUCAUUACAUGGGAAAUUGUUUUAAACGGAUGGUAACUUUUUUUCCGUAAUAUCAAAUGAAAUAUAUAUAUAUAUAUAUAUUACAUUAUUUUACAAAUUUUCUUUGUCUUAAAAAGAUUAUAUAUGCAAUGAUUAUAUAAUAUCUUUUCAUAAUAAAUAAAGCUUGCUCUUAUUUUUAAUAGAUACAUAUCAGAUUUUAUAGUUUGACAGCUUUUUCUCAAUUGGAAUUGCUAAAUUGCAAGGUAAAUAAAAUAAUAGUUGUGAGUCAAAAUUGAUAAAGUCAUAAAGUUAUAUUAAAUAUAAAAGAUAUUUAUUCUUUAUUCUGUUUCAAUUAAAAUAGAUAGAUAUAUAUAUAUAUAUAUAUAUCAUACGCUCUUUUUUAUUAGCGUGUUAUACUCUGAUAAAGCAAUAUAUUUCUUAUCAUUUUUUAUAGGACUAUUUUUAAACAAUACUAAAUCUUUGUUAGAUUAAUUUUAAUUGCUGAAAUUCAUUCUAUAUUUCAAAUUAUUAGUAAAAAACAUACAUUUAAAAAGAAAAAUAUAACGAAUAAAAAUGUGUAGAAAAAUAAAUGUAUUGCAUUCCAUGCAUUUAAUAUUCUGAUAUAUAUAUAUAUAGUAGAAACACGUGUGUAUCUUUAAUAUUUAAGUUAAAUAUCUAAAACUGUUUGGCUAUAUAUAUAUACCUAUUAUAUAUAUAUAUAUAUAUAUA